CUGACGCCCCCUUCCUUUGCCCCGGACCCUGUCCUGCGCGAAACCUGCGGUCGUUGUUUGAGCACAAUGCGAUUUCCCUGCCAGCCGCUUGCCCUGUUCGCUUUGGGGCGGAGGGGUUGGGAUCGAGCGGAUCGUCCCCCUGCCUCCCUUUCUCUCUGUGUCGUAUUGCAACACUUGCAACACCUGGAGGUGGUCCUUUGGGGCAGGCACCUGCCUUGGGUGCGGGCGUAUCUUUGCAAUCCAGAGAAGCUCCCGACAGGUUCCAGGAGGGCGUUACUGGUGGCGGUGUUAUUGUUGUUAGUGGUAUUGUUAUUAACCGAGGCUCCUGUGAUUCCACGAUUGUUUGCAAUCUUGGGGGACGUAGGCGAAAAGGGAUUUCCUCCGAUCCGAAUCCGGAGCGGAACCGAGGGGGUUAAAGGAGAGCGGAGAGACUUCCCUGCGCCCUUAAGGAAACAAAACUCUCCUCUGCGCGGUGUCGUGGGGGAUUUCUUGCUCCGAUUUCAUUCUGGGCUAGGGAAUCCGGAUUUCGGGAGUGGAAUGUGGCCCUCGGAUUCCAAGAAUACGCGAUCGUUUGCACAAGGGUGUUAGAUCAUGCGAAGCUAGACUUCUGCCCCAGCCACCCACCUCCUUUUCUUUCCCCUUCCUCCUCCUCCUCCUCUUCCUCGGGUCACUGAGCACGAGAAGAUAAUGCACAGAGACUGCAAGCUGAGUAACUAGGAAGCGGCGGAGGACAUAUUUGUUUCUAGAUUGCUGACCCAGACCCACGUAAAAGAAAAUGUCCAGCAGGGGUGGGAAGAAAAAGUCGACGAAGACCUCUCGCUCGGCAAAAGCUGGGGUCAUAUUCCCCGUGGGACGAAUGCUACGUUAUAUUAAGAAAGGUCACCCGAAGUACAGGAUUGGGGUCGGCGCUCCAGUGUAUAUGGCAGCUGUACUUGAAUACCUGACUGCGGAAAUUCUUGAAUUGGCUGGAAAUGCCGCGCGGGACAACAAGAAGGGUCGUGUCACACCUAGACAUAUCCUCUUGGCUGUAGCAAACGACGAAGAAUUAAAUCAGCUGUUGAAAGGCGUCACCAUAGCCAGCGGUGGUGUAUUACCAAAUAUUCACCCAGAAUUGUUGGCGAAGAAACGGGGAUCGAAAGGAAAACUGGAAGCGAUCAUCACUCCGCCACCAGCCAAAAAGGCAAAAUCUCCAUCACAGAAGAAAACCACAAUAAAGAAACCAGGUGGCAAGAAAGGAGCAAGAAAGUCUAAGAAACAGGGAGAAGUCAGCAAAUCAGCAAGUGCUGACAGCACAACAGAAGGCACCCCAACAGAUGGCUUCACCGUCCUUUCUACAAAAAGUCUAUUCCUUGGGCAGAAGCUGAACCUUAUUCACAGUGAAAUCAGUAAUUUAGCCGGCUUCGAAGUGGAGGCCAUUAUCAAUCCCACCAAUGCUGACAUUGACCUUAAAGAUGAUCUAGGGAGUACUUUGGAGAAGAAAGGCGGAAAGGAAUUCCUGGAGGCCGUGGUCGAACUUCGCAAAAAGAACGGGCCAUUGGACACAGCUGGAGCUGUCGUCAGUGCAGGCCACGGAUUGCCUGCUAAGUUUGUGAUCCAUUGCAAUAGCCCCAGUUGGGGUGCAGACAAAUGCGAGGAGCUAUUGGAGAAGACAGUGAAGAACUGCUUGGCUCUGGCAGAUGAGAAGAAGCUGAAGUCAAUUGCGUUUCCUUCUAUUGGAAGUGGCAGGAAUGGUUUCCCAAAACAGACUGCUGCCCAGCUGAUCCUCAAAGCCAUUUCCAGCUAUUUUGUGGCAACAAUGUCCUCUUCAAUCAAGACCGUCUAUUUUGUGCUCUUUGACAGUGAGAGUAUAGGGAUUUAUGUGCAAGAAAUGGCCAAGUUAGAUGCCAACUAAGUCGUGAAAGCAAAGAGUCCCUGCCUCCUUGCCCCUCCCCCUCCAAUUCUUUAUUCCUCAUUGUGAGACAGAGCAGCCCUUAUUUUAAAUUUUGCUCAUCUAGGGGAAUUGAGGGAGGGCUUUUUUGACUUUCUGAAAUGUUUUUAUGUUGGCACUGAUAGUUGGCAUUACUGCUGUUAAUGCACUGUAUUCCAGGCAUUGUCUGAAUUUAGUGUAAUCUAGGAGAUUUUAUAGUUUUAUUUUAAUGAAGUACAGAUUGAUGCAGAAGUUGUUAGCAGUACAUAGUCUGUUAUUCGUGGAAGAAACCGGCAGACCCUAUUUUGUAACUGUGUUGUGGUGCUUUUAUCGAGUGGCGUUCCUUUCUCGUUUUUUUAAAAAGAAGAAGAAAAAAAAGAUGCUACACAUCUUAUUUGUGUUUACGUCUUGUCCCGAAGAUGGAUCAGAGGAGAAAAGAACCCUGUUGCCCUUAAUUAAAUUGCAAUUUGGGAUUUGUGUGAAUUGAUUUAGUAAAAUGUUUAAAAUGUU